GCUCCGCCCCUCAGCUUUCUGCGCACGCGCCUGGGCUGCUUUGUGCCUGUGCGGGAGCAACCUUAGCGGGGGACCGAGAGAGCUCCGUCUCUCCGCGGCUGCGCUCCAAAGGCACGCCCGGUCUUGGAAGGCAUGACGUCAGGGUAGACCCACCCCAAGGCGUCCCGACGUCGGCCGCCUUCGGCUCGUCCGAAGGGGCGGGGCUCCCGCUGCCAUCCCGGCGUGCCUACGCUCGGCUCGCAAUGCCUCUGCCGCAGGGUGACGUGACUGCCUUAUUCCUGGGGCCUCCGGGCUCGGGGAAGUCCUCGCUGAUCGCUGCACUAUGCGACAAGAAUGUGGACACGGUAGAGAUCCCUGAAGGACGGCCGGAUUUUGGAGUCCCCAGUCUGAGAGCUGCGGCCCCGGGUCUCUUCCUGGGCGAGCUGAGCUGCCCGCCCGCAGCUCCAGGGCCCUGGGCGGCGGAGGCCAAUUUGCUGGUGUUGGUGCUACCAGGAUCUGAGGAGACCGAGGAGCAGCCCUUGACCCCAGCUCUGGCAGAGGCAGCGCGGGCCGCCUUGGCCCGAGGGACUCCGCUGCUGGCCGUUAGGAAUCUGCGUCCUGGAGAGUCCCAGAAUGCAGCCCAGGCCCGGGAUCAGACUGCGGCGCUGCUGAACAGCGCUGGCUUGGGAGCUGCGCUUGUCUUUGUGCUGCCGGCCGAUUGCAGCAGCGGUGAUUGCUGCGAGGAGCUAGAGCGCCUGCAGGUGGCGCUGCGAUCCCAGGCGGAGGCGCUGCGGAGGCUCCUGCCACCUGCCCAGGAUGGCUUCGAGGUGCUGGGUGCAGCAGAGCUGGAAGCUGUUCGCGAGGCCUUCGAGACCGGCGGCCUGGAGGCGGCGCUGUCGUGGGUGCGCGCGGGCCUCGAGCGCCUGGGCAGCGCGCGUCUGGACCUGGCAGUGGCCGGCGCUGCCAAUGUAGGCCUUGUGCUGGACACGCUACUGGGACUGGACCCUGGUGACCCAGGGGCUGCGCCCGCCUCGGAUCCCACUGCGCCCACCCCGUAUCGGGCUCCAGAGCGCCCCAACGUGGUGCUGUGGGCCGUUCCCUUGGGCCCCACGGCCGUAUCCCCUGCCACCACCCCUCACCCGAGCCGCUACGAUGCCCUGAUCCUCGUCACCCCUGGGGCUCCCACCGAAGAGGACUGGGCCCAGGUCCGUUUAUUGGUGUCAGCAGAUGCUCCACUCGUCGGUGUGCGCACGGACGGCCUGGGCGAGGAUCCCCCGGAGGCUCUGGAAGAAGAAAGGGCCGAGAAGCUCAGCAAAGCAAGCGAUGGAAGUUCAGGGGAUGCACGCAGUCGAGGAAAAGAAAACCCCAGCUCCGGGGAAUCGGUGCCCAUGGCUGCUCGGAGCCCGGAGGAUGAGUCGUGGGAGGUGCUGGAAGAGGUGCCGCCACCUGUCUUCCCUCUGCGUCCAACUGGUCUCCCAGGGGUGGGAAGCUGGCUGCAGUGCGCACUGCCUGCAGCUCAGGCCGGGGCGCUGCUGCUGGCGCUGCCACCUGCAAGUCCCCUCGCGGCGCGGAGGAAGGCAGCGGCGCUGCGGGCAGGAGCGUGGAGGCCAGCCCUGCUAGCCAGCCUGGCGGCGGCGGCCGCCCCAAUACCAGGAUUGGGCUGGGCUUGCGACGUGGCCCUUCUCCGGGGACAGCUGGCUGAGUGGCGCCGAGCGCUAGGUCUCGAACCCGCGGCAGUGGCGCGCCGAGAGCGCGCCCUGAACUUGGCCCCCGGGGUGCUGGCCGCGCGCACACGCUUCCCAGGCCCAGUGACUCGCGCCGAGGUGGAGGCCAGGUUAGGGUCCUGGGCAGGCGAGGGCACCGCGGGAGGCGCGGCGCUGGGCGCGCUCUCCUUCCUAUGGCCUGCGGGUGGCGCAGCGGCGACAGGUGGGCUGGGUUACCGUGCUGCCCACGGUGUCCUGCUGCAGGCCCUGGAUGAGAUGCUGGCCGACGCUGAGGCGGUGCUGGGACCCCCAGAGCCCAACCAGUGAGGGGUGUGGUGAGAGCUGGGGUGUCUGGUGACUUUGUGGCCCCACAGCCUCUGAGACUAAGGGGUGGUACUCAAUCCCAGGAACUUGAAGGAGACUGGUUGGAAUCACAGUCUCCGGAUUUCCUGGGUUCUGAAUGGGAGAAGGGUCUGAGCAUUGUUAGUUUGCUAUUCAGAUGCUUAAGUAGUGAAGGGAGUUGUGGGCCUGGACUCCUAGAAAGGGGAGCCUCUUGGCUUCCAGCUGACACCCGGCCCUAGAUCUGGAAGCCUCGAUUCCUGCCUGACUGUGUGUGGUCCUACGGCUGUGGGCCUGGUGCUAUUGGGAGUUAGAACCCUUGGUCCCAAAGGGAAACAAGAUGUAAGUUGUCCCCCCAGAAAGUGGACAUUGGUUGUCAAUUCCUGGGUGGUGGGAAAUCCCGUGGAGAUCAGGGGUCUGCUGGAGACCCCCUGGUAGGAUCGCCCACCAUUUGCUCUGCGAGACUUUGACUUAGAGAACAUUGUCCUACGAAAUUGAAAGGAAGGGCCGGGCGUUGGUUGCGCCCACCUUUAAUCUCAGCACUCGGGAGGCAGAGGCAGGCGGAUCUCUGUGAGUUUGAGGUCAGCCUGGUCUACAAGAGCGAGUUCCAGGACAGCCUCCAAAGCCACAGAGAAACCCUGUCUCGGGAAAAAAAAAUGGAAAGGAAGGGACAAGAGGUCUAGGCAUGGUGGCCUCCUGGUGGCCAGAGUCUGGGAAUGGGAUCUUUGGGGGUGUAGAAGAGUAGAAACCCACACUUCAGAAAUACCUCCAUGAGCCCCUGGUAUCCUGGGGUUGGUUCCGGCAAUUGCCUCUCCGUGCUUUACUGGGAAGGGGCGUGACUACCCCCACUUUAUAGGUGCUGGGUGAUUCAGGGUCUCUGGCAUGUGCACACCUGCUUCUCGUCAGUUUACCGCGGUUUCUUCUGUCAUCACGACCUGAACUCUCAGAGUGCUUCUUCGUCCCCGCUGUUUUGGAAAGGCAGCGGUGUCCUGCUGUGGCCGCCUAGACUUCCCCGCGUGGCCUCCUCGGGGUUCCCCAAGACUGCUGGUCCGCACAGGAUGCUGCGGUGGGCAGAGUUUCCCACGAGGCAGCUGAGCAGGCAUUUGAUGCCGCGGGGAGGUGCCAGGGGUGGGGCGGAGGCAGAAACCGCAGUGCUGUCAGCUCUGUGCGGGUGGAAAGUGCCACCUAAGGUCCUUCAAAAACAGGAAAGGAGGGCCUGGUACACGGGACCGCCAGGCUCCGAGAUGCAGGGCGCAGGCUCGAGAUGCAGGGCGCAGGCUCCUCGACACAGCAAGGCUCUGUGUGGCCUGGCUCCGCCUCUUCUCAUUCCAGGCCGAUCUCCAGCAAGCCUGGGUUGUCCUUUCUGAUGCCUGGGUCCCACCUCGGGACUCUGGGUUUUCCGUGGGAUGCUCUGCCUCCCCAUUUUUUUUUUUUUGAGAUUGAGUCCUCAUCCAUCAGGUCUCCCCGCAGCGGCUGCUUCAGAAGCCUUCUGGUCACCCCAAGUGGCUUACACUGGCCCUGACCUUACCUUUUCCCUGUAAGUACACAUCGCUAUCAGUAA